AUGAUAAUCAAGACCAUCUUAAUUUUGGUUUGGGUUUCGAUUAUUUAUUUUAUCUUAAGUGUCGGUGGUGAUAUUCUAGACAGAGCUCCUGCUGAAAAUUGCGAUUAUUGUGCUAUAGCUAACAACACAAUCCCCAAGCGAAAAUUUUAUGAAUCAGAAGAAAUCGUUGCCUUCAAUGCUCCUGAGCCAAGCUGCAAAAGGCAUUACUUAAUAACUCCAAUAGAGCACAUAAAAAAUGUUCAUUCUUCAGAAGUCACAUGUGAGCUCAUAAACUCAAUGCAAAAAGUUUGCUUGGAUUUAUUAGAAAAUCAUAAUCGAGAAAAUCUCAAAAAUAGAAUAUUUUUCGACAACCCUCCAUUUUACAAUGUAAAACACUUACAUCUGAACUGCAUGGGCUGCGAUAAAAGUGAUGAGUCUCCAUUCUCCUUUAGAUUUUACAGCAAUAUUUUUAGCGAGCUCGCAUCUCCUGACACCACACAAAAAUGCCAAGAUUCCAGCGUAUUUACAAAUAAUACUAACACUAACAAAGAUUUAUAA